CCUAAAAAAUAAAACCAGCCGGCGUUCAGUAUUUAUUUAGGGUUAAAAAGAAAAGAUCAGAAUCACUCCGAAACGUAAGACCGUUUGCAAGUUCUUCAACAAUCCCCCCGCCGCCCGCUGCACACUAGACUCGCUAGUCUUCUUCUUCGUGUGGGAUUAUUGUUGGAGAAGUGCAAAGGAAUUCAUGGCAACAGAAGAGGAAUCGAAGCCUCUGAAUUAUAUACCUGAGGUGUUAUUGAAGAAGAGGAGGAAUAACGAGGAAUGGGCAAUCAGAAGAAAGCUGCAGUUAGAGGAGAGGGUCAAGCGUCUCAAAUCUGAUAAUUUCUUCAUCAAGAAGCCUGAUCAAUUUAUCAGAGAAUACCGUGACAGAGAAUUGGACCUCGUUCAAAUGAAGCAAAGAGGAAAGCGAAAAAGACAACCAUUGGAGACACCAGAAUCCAGGCUCCUAUUCGUCAUACGCAUAGGAGGAAAAAGGGAUAUGCACCCCAAAACUCGAAAGGUCCUGUACUCUUUGAGAUUGAGGAAAACCUUCAGUGGGGUGUUUGUGAAGGCAAACGGAGCAAUAAUGGAACAUUUGCAAAAAGUGGAACCUUACGUGACAUAUGGAUAUCCUAACCUUAAGAGUGUGAAGGAUUUGAUUUACAAGAAAGGAGUAGCAAAACUUGACAAGGAAAGGGUUCCUUUAACGGACAACAACGUAAUUGACCAGGCAUUGGGUCAGCAUGGCAUUAUAUGCAUAGAAGACGUUGUGAAUGAAAUAGCUACUGUCGGUCCACAUUUUAAGAAGGUUUCCAAUUUUUUGUGUCCCUUUAAUCUCAACAAACCUGAAAAGGCAUUGCAAGGUAAGAAACGACGAUUUAAAGAUGGUGGAGACUCGGGAAAUCGUGAGAAUCAGAUCAAUGAGCUGAUUAGUAAGAUGAAUUAGCAUAAGCACGAGUACUUUCAAAGAGAUUAAUGUUGUUGACAUUUACAAAUUUCGUAGUUGGAAGUGAAAAAAGGACCUACUCCGAGUUUAUCUCAAUUUUGGCAGUGGCUUUUCAGUUUGUAGCAAGUUUAUUAAAGUUUUGAGUGAUGAUGAGCCUGUUACUUUCACAGUUUCAUGUUAUCAAUGUUUAGUACCUGUAAGAACAAGGAUGUUUCUUCGUGUUUUUAUGGCACUUCAAUCUCCUUUGCUUCAAUUU